AUUAUCCAACCCAGUUCGUGUGUAAGUGACUUCCACUAGUGGGUACACAGCUAUUUGGACUUGGGUGGACUGGAAGAGACAGUUUCUCGUUGAAGAUUAUCAGGAAAACGAACCAUGUAGCUAUGUGGACAGGUCUCCGUAUUUGCUGCACCAUUUAUCCGUUCUUCACAUCGCUUUCGAUCUGCUCAAAGAAGCGACUCCUCAGAUCCUGUGACGACUGUGAUUUCCUGUGAUAUCAGCCAGUAACAUGUCCAUGUUCAGCACGGGUGUCCUUGUGCUGACGUCUCCGCUCCACACCCUCCCCUUGCGCAUCGCUCCAGUGCUCAGCUCAGCUGCUCAGCUUGUAGAGCGCACACUGUACGUCCACCUCCACCCCGGGCUGAACCUGGGAAGUGGGAGCCAGCCUCGGCCAGUUUUCAUCCCACCGGUAGUGGACCUGUCUACACUUAUUACCCGCCUUUACAGCAAUGCAGCGGAUGUAUGCGGGCACCUGGAUGUUCGUGUUUUGCUGACUAAUGUUCGUGCUCAGUCAGCCACCUGCAGCGGGACCGCGAUCCCAAACGGCCCCUUCCCCACACCACAGUCUCUGUCUCACUCACCGGAUGUGGUGCUAACAGACUUUCCUCUGCAGGACCCAGGUCAGUCCCAUCAGAUUAAGCAGUGUCUGCAGAGGUACACAGGCCACUGCUACGUCUGUAGCCCCAGCCUGCCGUCAGUGCUGCUUCACCCACAGCUAAUGAGGCUGCAGGAGAAACAGGAAGGGCUAAAAGAGCCUGAAAAAAAGGCAGAACCCUUGGAGACUUACAGUGAUGUAGUGGUUGGGGGGACAUUUGACCGGCUCCACGGGGCCCAUAAAACGCUGCUCAACAUCUCAUGCCUGCUUGCCAAUAGAAGGUUCCUUAUCGGCGUGUGUGACCAAGCAAUGCUGAGAAAAAAAGUGCUAAAGGAGCUGGUCGAGCCCUACGCUCUGCGGGUCCAGCGGCUAAAGGAGUUCCUGCAAGACGUCAAACCCUCACUGCAGGUGGAGAUUGUGCCCCUUGAUGACCCCUUUGGAGUGUCUGUGGUUGACCCUCUGCUGCAGUGUAUUGUGGUCAGCGAGGAGACUAGAAAGGGAGGCGAGGCUGUCAACAGGAAACGCAUUGAGAAUGGCCUUCCAGCUCUAAUCCUCCAUGAGAUCCAGUUGCUUAAAGAUGCGCACCACACUGAGACCGAGGAGGAGAAGAUCAGCUCCUCGAGUCUACGUUCUCGUCUGCUGGGCACCCUCCUAACCCUGCCUAAAGACACAGCCCAUCUCCCUCCCCUUCCAUAUGUGAUUGGCCUGACGGGAGGCAGCGGUAGUGGAAAGAGCUCCAUCGCCAGGCAGCUGGAGGCUUUGGGUGCCGUCCGGAUUGAUUGUGACAACCUGGGCCAUGAGGUGUACCAGCCCUGCACAGCAGCCUAUCACAGAGUGCUUGAAGAAUUUGGGUCAGAUCUCCUGAAUGAAGAUAAAACCAUCAACAGACGUGCAUUAGGAAGGAAAGUAUUUGGAAACCAGGAGCGGUUAAGAGCCCUAACGGACAUUGUAUGGCCUGAGAUUGCACUUUUGGUGAAGAACACAAUCAGCAAAGCCAGAGAGGAAGGUAAACAGGUUUGUGUGGUGGAUGCAGCAGUCCUCCUGGAGGCUGGCUGGACAGACAUGGUCCACGAGGUCUGGGUCACCAUCAUCCCCGAGGAGGAGGCAGUGUCAAGAAUAACGGAGCGCGACGGCGUUAACACAGAAGAUGCCCUGCGCCGGCUGCAGAGCCAGUGGUCCAACGCCAAGCAAGUAGAGCACGCCAAUGUAGUCCUCAGCACGCUGUGGGAGACAGAGGUCACACAGAAACAGGUACUGAAAGCUUGGAAUCUUCUUCAGAAGAGGAUCCAACAGAGACAAGAGGGACAGUAGGAACAUGUGUGGGUCUCUACAUCAUCUCCGCUGUGACCCGUGCAUGCAGAAUUCAACGAAUGUGUCAGGACCAGGGACAUGAACGCACAAGUGACUGAUCAACAUAAGGAAACAACGCCUUAGAAAGAAGUGAGACUGGUUUACUGUGCCAUUUCAGCAAACUUAAUGAGCUCCCUCACUUCUAUAACCAAGACUCUGUGCCUGAUUGACUUUCCAUAAGUUUUUAAACUCUAGUUUUAUUUUAAGAUGAGGAAAAAGAACUUCAUAAAUUAUCCCUGACAGAAUAAUGAUGGAUUUUGCAAGCUGGAAUUUGUGUUUGGGAUUAAUAAAGUGUUAUAUUAUCCUAAAGAAUUGUAGGUCUGUUUUCAUCCAAAGAUUUGUUUUAAAUGAACACUCAUAUGCCCAUCAUUCAGCAAUCCUAGUUAAUUCCAAACCUGUCUUAUGUUAACUGACAUUACUAACAAUACAUUUCCAUGUCUCCUUAGUAUAAUGAUUGUUGUUGUUAAAUCAUUUAAUUAAAUGUUGAGGAUAUUUAAACAAAUUCACUAUCAUUAUCUAAUGAGGAAGACAAGGUACACUGUAUUGUAGAAAUAUGUGCAAUAGAUUGGGAUGUUUUGUAGUUAUAUGUUGAAUGAUGAUAAAUACACUAGGCACGGAAAAGGAAUAGUACAUUGACUAAUAAAUUAAAAUGCAAUACAUAAGUCAAUCAAGCAGAUGUAAAAUACUUAAUAUACUUAUCAUGAAUAUAAAGAAAUGUUAAUCUUGAAUUGCACUCUAGAAAGAAAAUGACAUGUAUUUUAAAGGUCAUACAAGAGCCAGUUGUCACAUGAUCAUGAUCUCUACAUGAGCAAACACUCCUAAAGUAAUUGUGGGGCGGGGCGCACAGCAGAGCAGAAACUAAAGUCAAUGAUGUGUUAAGCUUAUGGUAAAUGUCAUGUUCAACCACUGUUUACGCAAGUAUGAAAUACUGCUUAAUUGCUUUGGCCAUACCUUCACUAUUACAAGGAUUGUCCAAUGAAGUGUCAUUUGGUCAUAUGGUUGGUGAGAAGUGUCUUUGAUUGCAUCAUCUUGCAUGUCACCUGUUCCAGCUCAGUGGAACACUUCAAUAAAUUGGUGCAACACUGAAUGAAAGGUU